AUGAUGCGCAGCAAGGCGCCUGCGUCGUCCAUGCAGAAAUGUUACGACGAAUGCUACCUCAYCUGUUCGACGGCAAUCUACUUUGAAGGCCAGAACAACGAGGCCGAAGCCCUGCGGUCGUGGCGCAAUGCUCUCGACCAAAUCUWCUAUCACAAUGCCUACAAGAUGCCCAGCAACUACAUACCGCGAAGCGAGACGGAAAAGGCCCUGCAGGACUCGCUCCGAGCCAUGGAGACACAAUGCAAGGAACGCGUCGACUUGCUGGACGCGCUGAGAAAGACUCGUGAAGAGGCCGCGGAAGAGGCCAAGGAAAAGGCCAAGGAAGAGGCAGCUGCGCUGAGAAAGGCACAGAAAGCAGAGUCGUCGUCAAAGUUGAAGAUCAAAGCGGAGCGACCGCUCACUAAGAGCAGAGAUUCCGCCGCUUCGUCGUCAUCGAGGCCGUCGUUGAAUGGAAAGCACAGUCAGCACAGUGGUGUUCAAACUUGGCUUGGACAGGACACCGUUCCUCAAACCUCGUAUGCAGAUAUUCCACGACCACCACAGCUCUCCGAACAACGACGACCCUCACAACGCCCGCUGUACACCAGCAGGAAGAGCUCCGGCAAGGAGACUCCGCGCACGAUGAGCCUAAAGGCAGAUCCGAUCCCUGGGAAAAGUCUGACUCCUCCAGUCGUCGAAAAGCCACGGGGCAGAACUCCGAGUCCUGAGAAGAAGGCGGGCAUGUUGAAGACGCUGAGGACAGCAACCAAGGAUCGUUCGGCGUCCAGUGGUGGAAAGAUGGCAACGAGCAUGAGGAGCAAGCCUCCAAGUGCCGCGUCUCGAGCUGCGGCACAAGUCUGGAAUGGGCAGAGGCCUCCCUUGCAGAUGAAUGGAAGUUCUACCAACGUCUCUACUACCACAACCCCUACUCCAGCUCCUAUGCCACAGAUGACCUGGGAUCCGUACACGAGACAGCUUGUAGCUCGCCCACAUCCACGCACAUCUGUAGAGGAAAGAAGAGACUCGUCAAACCCGGCUGUUCGCGCUCCCAGCCCUUCUGAAUACGUCUCACAGCGAAGCAGCUAUCAAAGUUCCGUCGAGGAUGUCCACCCAAAGUCAUAUCCUCCGCCAUACCCGGAAUACCCAGUCUUGGACCCUUACUCCCACCAAUCAUUUGCCAACAGCGGAGAUUCAGUAGGCAAUGUCUAUCCCCCGCCACCUCCACCUCACCGAUCUUCACCUCAACCAGCGUACACUGCGAGCUCUCUAGCAGAUCAUCUCGGACACAGCUCGAUCUCCUACAUGAAGGAAUUUCCCAACCAUCCAUCUUCCGGACUUAAGCAAUCGCCACCACCCGUGCCAGCAAGGAAACCUAGCGACCUCGAUCUGGCAAAUGGGUCUCCACAACCAGCACGAACGAUYCAACGCAAAGCCGUGGGCGUCUCCACCGCCGUGACGGAACGUCAGAAGCUUGAUAACGUACAAUCGCAGCUUAAAGCCCGCACAUCACGCACGGUUCCCACUCCUCCUCCCCGGCCUUCCAACAACACCGCCGAUGGAAUCAAACGCAGAACCUCCAAACGGAAAAUCGAGUCACGACCCGUUCCCUCCCGUGCCAUGACCCCUCCUACGACAUCACCAUCCUCCGACAACACUUCCCCACCCGGCACGCCUUCCGAGAAACAAGCCUGGUCCACCCGUGUGGAGCAUCUGAUGAAGAAUCUCCCCGCCGGAGUAGACGAAAAUGCGGCCAAACAAAUCUUCAAUGAAGUCGUCAUUCAAGGUGAUGAAGUGCAUUGGAACGAUGUCGCAGGUCUCGAAAUCGCCAAGUCCGCCUUGAAAGAGACUGUUGUCUAUCCAUUCCUCCGUCCAGACCUCUUCCUCGGUCUGCGCGAGCCGGCAAGGGGCAUGCUUCUCUUCGGGCCACCUGGGACGGGAAAGACGAUGUUGGCGAGAGCUGUUGCUACGGAGAGUAAAUCUGUGUUCUUCGCCAUCUCAGCGAGUUCACUGACAAGUAAAUUUCUUGGAGAAAGCGAAAAGUUGGUGAGGGCAUUGUUCGUCCUGGCGAAGGAGCUGGCUCCUAGCAUCAUAUUUGUGGAUGAGAUUGAUAGUUUGUUGGGUGCCAGAGGGGAUGGAGAGCACGAAGCUACGAGGAGAAUUAAGACGGAGUUUCUGGUGCAGUGGAGUGAUUUGCAGCGGGCUGCAGCGGGGAGGGAGACGAGUGAAGGUGACGCAAGUCGCGUCCUCGUCCUAGCAGCCACAAACCUCCCUUGGGCAAUCGACGAAGCCGCCCGGCGCCGCUUCGUCAGGCGUCAAUACAUCCCACUUCCGGAACCUCAUGUCCGGGAAUCUCAACUCAGAACUCUACUUGGUGGGAAAGGCCAAGGUCUCUCUGAUAGAGAUAUCAAACGCCUCGUCGAUUUGACAGAAGGAUUCUCUGGUUCAGAUAUCACCGCUCUAGCGAAAGAUGCAGCGAUGGGACCUCUCAGAAGUCUCGGAGAGCUUUUGUUGAAGAUGUCUCCCGAAGAGAUUCGGCCGAUCAGUAUGAGAGAUUUUGAGGCGAGUUUGGGAAACAUCAGACCGAGUGUUAGUAAAGAGGGAUUGAAGGAAUUCGAGGAAUGGAGCGAGAAGUUUGGAGAGAGGGGCGGUUGA